AAUGGAUGAUGACAUUAAGGAAGGAAUAGUAAUUUUCACUUCUCCCUUAAAAGAAAUUGUUUCUUUCUUUGCAGGAAUCGAAACGCAGCGAAGCAAACGUCAAACGUGGAUUGGAAUUUCUGAAAUGUUGCGAUCUGAAAAUGUUACGAAUCUUCGUUUCUGAUCUACUGUCAAAUAAAGAAAAGCACAGAUCCAAAACCCAAAUUAACUCAAAAACCCUUGAUAAAAGAAAAUAAUUCCCACAUUCCCCUCUCCAUCUCUACUUUUUUUUUCGCUUAUUAUCUCUCUCACUCUCCGUUCCUCCUUGGAAUUAGAAUUAGCAGUCAAAGAAUGGGAGUUCCUGUGAUCAAAUUCCCAAUUUUUACAGUAGUCAGGUUUUUGGGUUUUUUGGUGACGGCUCUGGUGCUGACAUGGUCGGUGCAUUAUAGAGGAGGAUUGGCUCUUGUCUCCGAUAACAAAGAUCUAAUCUUCAAUGUCCAUCCUGUUUUAAUGGUGAUUGGGCUUAUCCUCAUGAAUGGCGAAGCCAUGCUAGCAUACAAGACUGUUCAGGGAACAAAAAACUUCAAAAAAUUAGUUCAUCUUACGCUACAGCUCCUCGCUUUUUCUUUAAGCUUGAUUGGUGUAUGGGCUGCUUUGAAAUUCCACAAUGAUAAAGGCAUUGACAAUUUUUACAGCUUACAUUCUUGGUUGGGUCUAGCUUGCCUUUUCCUCUUUGGCAUCCAGUGGGCUUCAGCAUUUGUAACCUACUGGUACCCCGGUGGCUCAAGAAAUAGCAGAGCAACCUUGCUUCCUUGGCAUGUAUUCUUUGGGGUUUAUAUUUAUGCCCUGGCUGUUGCUACUGCUACUACUGGCAUCUUAGAAAAAGCCACAUUCCUCCAAACCAACAAGGUAAUAUCACGCUAUUCUACCGAAGCAUUGCUAGUGAACUCGUUGGGUGUCUUGAUCAUUGUUUUAGGUGGUUUUGUUGUUCUUGCAACAAUCACUCCUUUGCGCGCCAAAGAAGACAUCACCAGAAAUGCAACAGAAUAGGCACAGUAUGUAUAUUUGAUAUUUCCAUUAAAAUGAUCAUUGACCGAAAGGUGUAUUCUUACUCCAUGUGAUUCAUAGGGCUUAUUCUUGCUGAUGAUGAAAUAGAUCAUAGAAAACUUGUAAUUGGAAACUCUAUUUGAAUGAUUGGAAAGAGAUGAUUACUUUAAAGUUAGGUUUCAGUGGUUUUGGCUGUUUCAAAA